UGAGUCACACUGGCCUUUGUUCCUCCCUUGUUUGCUCUGGCCCUUGGCUGAGGGGACACUGGGGAGCCCUCCACAGGCACAGGGCACCUGGCAACUGGGAAGCCUCCAUUUGUGUGGACUCGUUCAGAAAAUCAUCCUGGUGUGGACGAGGAGGAGAGAGGACAGGAGGCACCCAGCUCGGACCUCUUACUGCUGCGAAUGUGCUGGACGGCUGAUGAUGGCGGUCACCCAGCUGAAUCUGGAGUUUCGCUUUCAUGGCAAGAAGCUGCGAGGCUUCAGCUGUGAGAUCACCCGAUCCCCCAAUGGGGUCUUCCCUGAGACUUCCCUCAGCAUUGCGUGUCAGGUUGUGCUGCCUGUUCUGCUCUCCGGCCUGGGCAUGAUGGCGACUGGCCUGGUGAUGAACACCGUCCAACACUGGCCCGUGUUCAUGGAGGUCAGAGAGCUUUUGACACUGGUGCCGCCCCUGGUGGGCCUGAAGGGGAACCUGGAGAUGACGCUGGCGUCUCGGCUCUCCACAGCUGCCAACACUGGACAAAUCGAUGACCCCCAGGAGCAACACAGAGUCAUCAGCAGCAACCUCGCCCUCAUUCAGGUGCAGGCUACCGUCAUGGGGCUCCUGGCUGCCAUUGUCGCUCUGCUGCUGGGUGCUGUGUCUAGGGAAGAAUCAGACUUGGCCAAGGUGCAGUUGCUGUGUGCCAGCAGUGUCGUCACCGCCUUCCUUGCGGCCUUCGCCCUAGGAGUGCUGAUGGUCUGUAUAGUGAUUGGUGCUCGAAAGCUCGGGGUCAACCCAGACAACAUCGCCACACCCAUUGCAGCCAGCCUGGGAGACCUCAUUACACUGUCCAUCCUGGCUCUAGUUAGCAGCUUCUUCUAUAGACACAAAGACAGUUGGUAUCUGAUGCCACUGGUCUGCAUCGGCUUCAUAGCACUGACCCCUCUGUGGGUCCUCAUUGUCAAGCACAGCCCACCUGUCGUGAAGAUCCUGAAGUUCGGGUGGUUCCCAAUCAUCCUCGCGAUGGUCAUCAGCAGUUUUGGAGGGCUCAUCUUGAGCAAAACCAUUUCUAAACAGCAGUACAAAGGCAUGGCCAUAUUCUCUCCCGUCAUCUGUGGUAUUGGUGGCAAUCUGGUGGCCAUUCAGACCAGCCGCAUCUCCACCUACCUGCACAUUUGGAGCAUGCCUGGCGUCCUCCCCCUCUGGAUGAAAAAAUUCUGGCCUAACCCAUGUUCCAUUUUCUGUACCUCAGAAAUCAAUUCCAUCUCAGCCCGAGUCCUGCUCUUUCUGGUGGUCCCAGGUCAUCUGACUUUUUUCUAUGUCAUCCACCUGGUGGAAGGUCAGUCAGUCACAGACAGCAAGACCUUCGUGGUGCUCUAUCUGCUCGCAGGCCUGAUCCAGGUGACAAUCCUGCUGUACCUGGCAGAAGUGAUGGUUCGGCUGACUUGGCACCAGGCUCUGGAUCCUGACAACCACUGCAUCCCCUACCUCACAGGGCUGGGGGACCUGCUAGGGACUGGCCUUCUGGCACUCUGCUUCCUCAUGGACUGGUUACUGAGGAGCAGAGCAGAGCUGGAUGGUGUCUCAGAACUAGUGACUGGACCUCCCUGACUGGGCCUGGCCAGCUCUAGUUGCUCAAUAGAAUUUUCCCUCAUGCCAGAGGGGCACAGAACAGUUUCUGCCUUGCUGGGUCCUUGGGUUGGUUGAUACCUGCCUCUGCAGUGGCCUUCUGUACAUCUGCUAAGGAGACUGGCACACAUCUCGAUUCCGGAUUUGGUUUCUGAGCCAGUGAUGGAGCCCUGAAGUCAGGAGUGUGGCUUGUAUGUGUGCCUGGGCAUGAAUGUGUGUCUGUGUGCCAGGCCAGCAUGCCUUGCAGGGUGUGUUUGCUCUGGUUCGUGCCCAUGCAGCCUGGAUUGGGGUGAAGCAAGAAGGAGGUCCUUUCUGUCCCCAAGCCUUGGGACUCUCAAGCUGUGGCUUAACUGCUGUCUUCACAAGGUCCCAGCCUUGAGGAUCACUUUGCUGGUGCACCCUGUGAGUGUGUGCAGUCCUCCCAGGAUGGGGCCUUGCCCACCCCUCAUCUGUUCCCAGCAUUUAAUGUUGUCAUUGCUUUUUCUUUUUCUUUUUCAUUAUUAGCAAAAAACCUCCGUUUAGAUUUCAAUGAUCAGAGAGGUAUAAAAUAAAACAUAGGUUAUAUUGCA